UAAGACUCAACAAUCAACAAAAAGAAAGCUGAAAAUUUUGAUUUUAUUAUUGAAACUACUUAUCGCAAUGAUAAAAUGGUCAGUUAUAACAGCCUUCUAAAAGAAAAUUGCUCUCGUGUGUUGGGUCAUUUCUUCUCGGUUUUUCUCUUCUCGGGUGUUCGUGUCUCGGCUUCUCCCGACAGCAGCGGCAAAUACUCGGCGGGCAGUUGGCGCAUCGUCCUCAUCAUAACAGGUGUGCUGAUUGGCGUGGUUGCAAUAGUGAUCAUCUCAGCUGCCCUUGUUGCACACAGGGAGAAAAAGAAAGGAGUCGACAGCAGCAGUCUAUCCUCGUCACGUGACUCCACAAAUGACACAUCCAGGGAGAAGGGGAGGGGUACCAACAGAGAUUGAAUUAAAACACUUGUAAAGGAUUGCUUUUAGAUGUAGAA